AUGCCUCUCGGAAUUCACAAUCCGUUACCUUCAUCGUUAGGAAGCGAAUGUAGAAAGGCGGGCAAAAUCCUCGCCUCGUUUGUCGAUCCACGACAAGCUUUUGGACCCGAUAAAGUGAUUCCUCCGGAGAUUCUGGCAGGAGCCAAGGGUCUCGCCGUUCUUACUGUCCUGAAAGCUGGAUUUUUGGGCUCAGCUCGAUUCGGUUCUGGUGUCGUUGUCGCUCGACUAGCUGACGGAACCUGGUCUGCUCCGUCGGCCAUUGCCACUGCUGGAGCUGGAUUUGGAGGCCAGAUCGGGUUUGAGUUAACCGACUUCGUGUUCAUUUUGAAUGAUGCCGCUGCCGUUCGGACGUUCUCGCAGGUCGGAACCCUGACGCUAGGUGGAAACGUUUCGAUCGCUGCUGGACCGGUCGGACGAAACGCGGAAGCUGCUGGCGCGGCUAGCACAAAGGGUGUGGCGGCAGUGUUCUCAUACUCCAAGACCAAGGGUCUCUUUGCCGGUGUCAGUCUGGAGGGAAGCAUGCUGGUGGAACGUAAGGAUGCGAACGAGAAGAUGUACAACAGCCGGGUCUCGGCACGCCAGCUCCUCAGCGGAACCAUUCGACCUCCCCCGGGCGCGGACCCUCUCCUGACCGUGUUGAACUCGCGUGCGUUCUAUGGCAACGCCCGGAAUGGUAGUGACAUGUACAACGACAUCCCCGUUUAUGAUGACAGCCAUGACGAUGUGGUUUGGGAGGGCCGCAGGGGUGAGGCGUAUGGCGAAGGAACGCGGCGCGAUCGCACUGGGUUCAGUGGCUCAGGUUCAGAUGACUUCCGCGACCGACCCCGCCGUGCGAAUACGUGGGCGGACGAUAUAUACGAUCGACCUGCUGGAGGGCUGAGCCGUUCGUCGACUACUCGGUACAGCGGUCGCAACGACACUUACGACUCAUUCAACCGCAGCCGGAGCAACACUACCCCAAUUGAUGAGGACUAUGUAUAUUCUGACCGGAAGCCUAGCCGACCCACAGCUCCGAAACCCGUGUUUGGACAGCGGACUGGGGCAGCUCCUGCUCUACGCCAGGACCAGGCCGUAGCACUUUAUACUUUCGAUGCAGACCAGGAAGGUGACCUGGGUUUUAAGAAAGGAGACAUUAUCACUAUCCUCAAGAGGACUGACAAGAAAGAGGACUGGUGGACCGGGCGGAUCGGGAGCCGAGUUGGCAUUUUCCCCAGUAACUAUGUCGAAACUGCUUAG